AUGGUCAAAUUCACAUUUUUUGCGGUUGCCUUUGGGCUUACCGCUCCUAUCAAGGCGUUGCUCCGCUUUGGCUGCUCUCAACUGACAGUCCAGCGUCUCGAUCCUCUCGUGAACCCUGGAGAGACACCAUCCACGCAUCUGCACCAAAUCAUUGGAGGCAACUCAUUCCGACCGUCCAUGGACCCAUCCACCCACGACAUGGCCACACUCUCCAACUGCACAAGCUGCCAGUUCACCCAAGACUUUUCCAACUACUGGACGGCGGUGCUGUACUUUCGGGCGCGCAACGGCACCUUCAAGCGCGUGCCGCAGCUGGCCCAGACCGGCAUGGAAGGCACCGACGGCGGCAUGGUGGUGUACUACAUGUCGGACGCGCUCUUCGACAUGGAGCAGCGGUCCAACGUGACGGCGUUCAAGCCGGGCUUCCGCAUGCUGGUGGGAGAAGUCGGGUACCGGGACCGCGACCAGGCGCGCGGCUUCCGCCAGCUGACGUACACGUGCAUGGAGAGCCAGAUGUCGCGCGCGCCCGAGACGGUGCACUUCCCCGAGGCGCCGUGCCGGCUGGGCAUCAUGGCCAACCACCGCUUCCCGACCUGCUGGGACGGGGUCAACGUCGACUCGCCGAACCACCGCGACCACGUCGCGUACCCGGAGCACGGCACCUUCGAGUCGGGCGGCAGGUGUCCCGACUCGCACCCGGUCAGGAUCCCGCAGAUCCUGCUCGAGACGGUCUGGGAUACCAGGCAGUUUCGGGACCUGGACGAGUGGCCCGAGGACGGGAGCCAGCCGUUCGUCUGGAGCAGCGGCGACGCCACCGGGUUCAGCCACCACGCCGACUAUCUGUUUGGGUGGGAGGGCGAUUCGCUGCAGAGGGCGAUGGAUGCGCAUACCUAUGUCAGCGCGCCGAUGCUCAAGACGCAGACUAUUGCCGAGCAGAACAAGUGUCGGGUGAGGGAUUUUGUGGGGGAGGAGAUUGAUGGAUGGCUGGAUGCCUUGCCAGGAGGCAUCCAGGUAACCUAG